CGAGCCGAGCAGGUGGACUCCCGAGAUAGACCAGCGGCCACCGGCCUGUCUGACCUGGACGUCUGCCCUCCAGACAUGGCCCCAGGCCCCCUUAGUCCUCAGCCCUGCGGCCCUGCGGGGGCGCAGACAGCCUAGGCGCCGCCACCCCAGGGCCUGUGCCCAUGGCCCUGCCCGGGACGCCACGGGCCUCAGGAACUGAAGCCACGGAGACCGUUGCCCCCGCUGUGGACCUGGUGCUGGGCGCCUCGGCCUGUUGCCUGGCCUGUGUCUUCACUAACCCCCUAGAGGUGGUGAAGACGCGGCUGCAGCUGCAGGGGGAGCUGCAGGCCCGGGGCACCUACCCACGGCCCUACAGGGGCUUUUUGGCCUCGGUGGCCGCCGUGGUCCGGGCAGAUGGGCUGUGUGGCCUGCAGAAGGGGCUGGCCGCUGGCCUCCUGUACCAGGGCCUCAUGAACGGCGUCCGCUUCUACUGCUACAGCCUGGCAUGCCAGGCUGGCCUCACCCAGCAGCCUGGUGGCACCAUGGUCGCAGGUGCCGUGGCCGGGGCACUGGGAGCCUUCGUGGGGAGCCCUGCCUACUUGGUCAAAACACAGCUGCAGGCCCAGACGGUGGCCGCGAUGGCCGUGGGGCACCAGCACCAUCACCAGAAUGUUCUGGGGGCCUUGGAGACCAUCUGGCGGCAGCAAGGCCUGGCAGGACUCUGGCGGGGCGUGGGUGGGGCCGUGCCCAGGGUCAUGGUCGGCUCAGCUGCCCAGCUGGCCACCUUUGCCUCUGCCAAGGCCUGGGUGCAGAAGCGGCAGUGGCUCCCAGAGGACAGCUGGCUGGUAGCUUUGGCCGGAGGCAUGGUCAGCAGCGUCGCCGUGGCUGCCGUCAUGACCCCCUUCGACGUGGUCAGCACGCGGCUAUACAAUCAGCCUGUGGACGGAACUGGCAAAGGCCAGCUGUAUGGCGGCCUCGCCGACUGCCUGGUGAAGAUCUGGCGGCAGGAGGGCCCGCUGGCACUCUACAAGGGCCUGGGCCCCGCCUACCUGCGCCUGGGCCCCCACACCAUCCUCAGCAUGCUCUUCUGGGAUGAACUCCGGAAACUGGCUGGGCGGGGCCUGCGCCAGGGCACCUAGGGGGCUGCCCUCACCCCCGUAUCCCGACACAGCCCGGCACUUGGCAGGAAGUAAUGGCCCGUGCCAGCUGGGAGUGGCCGGCUCAGAGCAGGCGACAGGCCCGGACCCUGCCACAGGUCUGAGGAGAGUGUGGACAGCGCUGGUCCCCCCAGACCCAUGGCCCCCUGGGGCCAGAGCCCCUGUUCUGGAUGGCCAGCCACUCUGUUCUCCAGCAAAUUCUCUUCCCUCUCUGUACUGGCUUUACCUUAUCCCAGAUAUCAGGGUGAUAAUCGCUCUCGGGGAAAUGGCCAUCACCUUGAGCUAGUCACUUACCUGCAUCAGCUUGCUUCGUCCUCAGUGCGAGACGGUAAAACCUUCUUUUACCAAGAGGAAGCUGAGGACUCAGAGAAGUGAAGUGCUUUGACCAAGGCCGCACAGCUCUGAAGCGACCGAACGAGGCCUGGAAGUUGGCUCUGUCCAGCCCAGGCUGGUGCCCUGGCCAGAGCCAGGACCACGAGGGCUGGAGGGCCCUAGAGUCACUGCGAGGCACCGCGAGGCCGGAGCGCGCCUCCGACAAGAUGGGUUAAACCACACAUACUGUCUCACCGUGUGGAGGCUGGACGUCCGACAUCAAGGCAUCAGUGGGGUUGGUUUCUUCUGAGGCUUCUCUCUCUCCCUCUCUCUUUCUCCCUCUCUCUCUCUCUGGCAUGUGGAUGGCUGUCUUCUCCGCGUGUCUUCACAUGGUCUUCCGUCUGGGUCUGUGUCCUAGUCUUUUCUUAUAAGGCCCCUGGUCACGUUGGGUGAGCACCUACCCUAAUGUCCUCAUUUUAACUGAAUUGCCUCUUUUGAGAGCCCAUCUCCAAGUCACAUGUGGGGGGUUAGAACUUCAGUAUAUGAAUUGGGGGAGGACAUAAUGGAGCCUACAACACCGGGAGCUUUUACAGAGGGCCUCCCUAGGGGCCCAGCACCGUAGGCGUUUGGACAGAUCCUCACGACCCUUCUGAAAGGGAUCUCUUGAGAUGCCCAUUCUUCAGAUGAGGAGGCUAAGGCCCAGAGCGGGGGAGUGACAGCUCAACGUGGGUAGCAGAGCUGCGUGUCCUCACCCUGGGCCCUUCCCCAGGCUGCAGGCACACUCUUCCCAGUGAGUAUGUUCCUAAGGGCCGUGCUGACCGUUAGGCUCCAGAGAUGGACGGCGAGUCCCUGGAAGGGGGGAGGACCGGCCCAAGUCAGGCGGAGCCUAAACCAGCUGCCCCACCGUAGCCCGUGUCUGCUGCUCCCCAGGGGCCCCCCCUACCACACACUCCAAACCAAUAAAGUUUUCUAUUUUGUUUACUUCAA